AUGAAUACAUUAAAGCGUUUAGUGUGUUCACAAUUUGUAAAUAAAUUAAGCAAACAAUAUUUAUUUAAACCAAGAGCUUUUAGCAAUCGCCAGAGCACAAAUAUAAAUAUACUUGGUAUUGAAACGUCGUGUGACGACACUGGUUGUGCUAUUAUUAAUAGAAAUGGUAAAAUAUUAUCUGAAGUUUGUCAUUCACAAAAUUUAAUGCAUUUGAGAAAUGGAGGUAUCAUACCAGAUAUUGCACAGGAUUUACAUAGAAUGCAUAUUGAACCAACUGUUACAAAAACAUUGGAGGAAGCCAAACUAUCAAUGGAAGAUAUUUCAGCUAUUGCAGUUACUUUGAAACCAGGACUACCUCUCAGUCUAGUAAUAGGAAUGAAGUAUGCUAAACACCUGGGUCGGCGAUUUAACAAACCCAUUAUACCCAUACACCACAUGCAGGCUCAUGCACUUGUGGCGAGAAUGCAUCAUGAUAUCAAAUUUCCAUUUUUAGUACUACUAAUAUCAGGAGGGCACUGCCUCCUUGCUGUUGUACAAGAUGUUGAUCACUUUCAAUUACUUGGAGAAAGCAUGGACUGUGCUCCUGGAGAAGUUUUUGAUAAAGUGGCUAGAAGUAUGAAAUUGAGAAAUGUACCUGAAUAUUCUACAAUAUGUGGAGGCCAAGCUGUAGAGGCAGCUGCAUCAAAAGCUACAAAUCCUAAUAUGUUCAAAAUUGCCUUACCUUUAGCUGAAUACAGGGAUUGUAAUUUCAGUUUUAAUGGUCUUAAAACAUCAGUUAUGUACCAUUUGUACAAAAAAGAACAAGAACACAAGAUUGUAGCUCAUGAACUAAUACCUGAGGUGAAUGACUUAUGUGCAGCUAUGCUGAUGGCUACCACCAGACAUCUUAUUCACAGAACACAGAGAGCUAUGGAAUUUUGUAAAGAUAAUAAUUUAAUACCAGAAGAUAGAAAACAACUUGUUGUGUCCGGUGGUGUAGCAUGUAAUAAUUAUAUUUUCAGUGCUUUACAAAUGUUAUGCAACGAAACUAAUUAUAACAUUUAUAGACCAUUUCCAAAGUUAUGUACUGAUAAUGGGGUUAUGAUAGCUUGGAAUGGCUUAGAAAAGUGGAGAAAGGUCUGGAUAUUACAACUGAUUUCAGCACUUUAG